GUCUGCUUGCUAGUCACUGAUGAAAAGAGUAAAAAGAAAAUGAGGCUUGCAUUUAUUUGCAUUUAUAUUUACGCUUGCACAAUUUCUCUUUCCACCUUCAACCCUCCCCUUCCUCCUUUCCUUUUUUCUUCACUUACCCUUUUACCUUUACCUCAACUCCGAUCAGUUCUUCAUUUCAUAUUCAUAAUAUAACUCGAGGAAGUCUCCAUCUCGACCAACCUCAACAUACCUUCAACGGAAAAAAGACAAGACAACAACAAAUAAUCAAUCGCUCCUUCCUUCGGGAUCUCCACAUUCUUUUCAAAACCAACCUACCUCAACAUCCUCAUUCAUUUAUAGGUUUUAAUCAACUUCACUCUUUUCAGUUGAUUUUAACCGUCCAUUCUUUCGAAAGGUCCAGCCCAUCUCACACAGUUCCGGAAGAGAUCAAUCAAAAAAAAUAUUAGGAGAUUCAGCGAAUAUUACUCCAAUCAUUCAUUACUUUGGUCAGCAGUUAUUGUUGCUCUUGUCUUGUCUGGAACUUCUUACUCUUUGUGUAAGUUGUUCCUCUUUGGUUAUUGUCAUUAUUGUUGCUGCGAGGUAAAUAUUUAGGGAGAGAUCGAGGUGUGCUACACAAUGCGUUGUCGCAGUUCGCAGUACCUGCACACAAAUGGAGAGACAAUUUUAAGGAUGGAAGACUGUGAAUAGCUUCGCCCUAUCAUGAUAAUUGGAUUGAAUAACAUGGACUAACAUUACCAUUCUUAUAGCCAUAGCCAUAGCCAUAGCCAUAGUCAACGUCAAUACUCUCCUCGAUCUUUGCUAUUGUGUUGAUGACAUUGAUACUCAAAUAACGACCCAUUGAACGACAACCCGAAGCAAUAAUAAUAACUUCAUCCAUUCAUUUACAUAAUCAUAUUCAAUAUGGCUUCGAUAUCCACUCUCAAAAUCAGAAGUUCAUCUAUUCUCAACGUCCGUGACGACUCUUCAACUACCACCAUGUCAAACUCAAUGGUUAACCUUCUUGCUGCCUUGAUGAUCUUGGUAUUCAUUGGACUCUUAUUGGCAGCUGCUCUGUAUGUUGUGCGAAAGAUUCGUCGAAACCGAGCUGCUGCUCGACAGCAAUUACCUUUACAUAAUGAUCCACCAAGAUCACAUCACCGCCGAUUAACUAUUACCGCUACCCCAUAUGGUGGUCGCGGUUCCACCAUUCACGUCUAUGAUGAGAAGUCAUCCAUGAUGGACUCAGACCGUGCACCACGCUCACCUGAAGAUGUUCCUGAAAUUCGCAUCACUUUCCCUGAUGAACAUGAUGAAUCCACAGGAAGUAAGAAACGUGGCCGCGUGGUUGUUGUUCGUGUUGGAGAAACUGGAGUUGGUCUCGAACCCUUGAAGGAGGACUCACUACCCGCUUAUGAAAAGGAAACUGGAGGCACCAGAUUUCAAUCUAUCGAUAUGGAUCGCAUCGGUGGUUUAAAGGAGAAGGAAAGCUGGUCAUAAAUCUUCUACGACUUUACUUUCUUUUCUUUUUUUCUCUGGACCUACCUCACCCAAAUCACAUGAACAUACGGAGGAUCCUCAUACAUUCAUCUUGCAUAUAUAGACUUACAUUCCACCUUCAGCAUUUCACCACGCCAUGUUGUAAAUGACAUCAUCUUCUUCUCAGCCCGAUCUGUUACAUACCAAUACCGAAACUUUUCUCGUUUAUACCGCUCAUCGACAAUUCCUCAGUACCUCGAUCGACUUUAUGAACGGCAAAGCAAGGUGUUACCAAGGAAGGAUUCAGGGUAUUUGGCAUCGUUCAUAUAUUUACUACAAUAACACUCUCAAUCGAAAUCGUGAUGGAUCAUUUUCUUUUGUAGGUUGGAAUUGGAAGGGAAAGGAGAUAUUCACACAACCUACCUACCCUCCUCAAUUUUGAAUGGAGGGAGAGCAACAUAAGAAACUCUUUUUUUCGAACAAACUAAGAAGAUCAAGAUCAAGAUAAUUGUACUUAAUGUAUUCUACGUAAUUUCUUUAAAAUUAUGAUGGCGCCUUUUUUUUCUAAAUGGUUGUUUUUUUCCUUUCGAAAUUUUUCAAUUCUUUUUUUUUUCUUUCCUUUUUUUUUCAUUUGUCUGCUUCUUUCUUUACACAAAAGAAGACGGUUCACAAGUUACGGAAGCACAAUCACAUUACAGAGA